AUACCUUUUCUUUGCUUUCUCUUAUGUUCGAGAAAAUGAAAACGUUGGAAGCGUUUUUCUACGAAGUGGGUAUGACGCUACCAUCUAGAGCAUUCUCAUCCUAUUGUACGUAAAUCACAUGUCCCACGGGCGUGUGGGUUGUAUUUGGAGUUGAAUCAUGUAUCUUUCACUCGUCUUUACCUGCUAGACUAAAACCGUGGAGACUCGGGGACUGUAACGUGACUAACCAGCCAGCAAGGAAUUUUGAAAAUUGAAAUAAUUUAGGGGACUGUUAAGACAAAACCGAAACUUAUAGGAUCAAAACUGUAUAUUAGUAAAUAUUAGUAUAGGGAUCAUUAUUGUAAUUAACUUUCCCGUUUAAAAGAAAAAAAAGGAGAAUUCUAUCUACUUGCUCGACACUUUUGUUCCGUCGUCCGUCCUCAUAAUCCGAUUGGUCGUCUGGUGGCUCCACGGAUCAUCGUGUGUGUAUGUGGGAGGGGGAGAGAGAGAGAGAGAGAGAUUUGGCUUCUAUGGCGGUUUUAAUUUGCUAAUUGAUCGAUUCACGCUUAUGACGUUCUAAUCAAUUUUGGUUUUCCGGAAAUUUUCCAUCUACUCGCGUUUUCUUUUGUUGUUUAUAAAUUUUGAUCGCAGGUGAAAUCAGUAGGGAAUUAGAAGCUUAAUGGGGCGCAGUGGUUUGUCCUCCAAAAGAAAACACUCGAAGAAAAAGAGUAUGAAGGAUUCUUCCGAGGGUCGUCGGAAAAAGAGAAGUAGCAGAAAUAAAUCCAAGAAGCUUCGUCGUCAUGAUGAUUCUUUUUCUUCUGAUGAUGAUGAUGUGUCAACUAGUUCAUCACUGGUUUCAUCUUCCAGUUCGGAGGGUGAGUAUAAAAGUAGAAGGGCACGCUCUCACACACGGAAUGAAGUAAAGGGUAGUAGGAAACGGUCCAGAAGACGGUCAUUGAGCGAAGAGAGCGGCAAGGAUUCACCACUUGUGAAGAAGAGAAAGAGGUCUAAGAAAAAAGCUGACUCAGAAAUGAGGAAGAAGAGUAAGAAGAUCAAGAAGAAGAAGAAGUCGAGAAGAGAUGCUUAUAUUAGUUCUGCAAGCAGUGGUUCCUCAAGCUGCUCCACUUGCGGAGAUCGAAAUAGUAGUAGUGACGAAGGGGCGUCACUUGGGAGGCGAAGGAGUAGGUCCAGAGAAAAGAAAAAGGAUCAUAGAGAUUCUAUCAAGGGUAGAAAGGGACAUAGGAAGAAUAGGAGUAGGUCUAGGAGUUCUUCACCGAGCAAAUUGAGCAAUAGUUUUGAUGAUGAUGACAACAUUGAGAAAGUGAUGGUGGAAAACAACUCGAGGCGGUUAAAGUCUAUUAUUACUGUUGCAAAACCACCAGAGAACGAAGAAGAGAACGAUAAAGAUAUGAAAAAGGACGAGCUUAAAGAAGAGAUUGUGUAUGACUAUGAUGAUUACCCAUCCUGUAAAAGCAAUGAUAGUAACGAUGGCGAAAGCAAGAAGGAAUUAGUUGAUCGUUCUAAUGUUUCACCUGAGAAAAGAAGGUUGCUAACAAGUGUUAUUGGAGAAGUAAACUCAUCUUCUAGCCUAAAAGAUAACGAACCCGUCUCACCUGACAAGAAUCCAGGUAAAGAAUGUGUUGGUUCUAAGGAAGACGAGAGCAAUGCUUCUGGUAAUAUGGGAUCAGAAGUGGAUAAACUGGAGUCAAUAUUGAGACAAAAAGCUUUAGAAAACCUUAGUAGAUUCCGAGGUGGGAUUCAAACAAAAACAGUAGUUCCUGUUGAUAAUAAACAUAAAAGUGAUCAAAGUGGUGUUAAGCAGUCGAUUAUUCAAACUCCAAGCAGACUACCUGUUCCGGAGCAGGAUAGUUAUAGCACGAUGGCUGUGCCACAACCAGUAAUCCCGAGGAGUAGGUUUACAUGGCGGAGAGAUCCUUCUGUUACCAUAGGGAAAGAAGAAAAGGCUGCAACCAACAGUGGAACCGAAUCUUGUAGACCUCAGGCACCUGCACCCAAAUUACAAACUGCAAAUUUAUCUUCCACCCCUUGUGUAGAAAAUAAGAUGAAAAUUAUGAAGAACACUGGUCACAGUAUUGGUGGUAUAGAAACUAAUGAUGGCCAAAAGGCAACUACUGGUCUUGAAACCAAAGAGGGUAGCUCAAAGGAGCAGCAAACUGAAAGCAACAACUCACAGUUUGAGAAGAAGACAAUGUCUGUGAUGAGAGGUGGUGAAAUGGUGCAGGUGAGCUAUAAGGUUUACAUCCCCAACAGAGCUCCUGCUCUGGCUCGGAGACAACUCAAGCGGUGACGUGCAAUACAUGUUUAUGGUAACAUACGCCCUUCUUCUUACUCCUGAAUCAAGGUAAAGUUGGAAGUGAGUGUGCGUAAUUUUGCUAAAACGAACAUACGGGUGGUGGUUUUAUAUUUGGUCAAGUUUGUGUUAUACAAACUGUAUGUGAAAUAAAGGAUAUGCUGUAACAGACUUGGUUUUUCUUCGCAUUAUCCAUUAACAUCUAUGCUUAUCUUGCAAAGAAAUAUUUCUUGUUACGUGCU